AGCAGCGGGAGCAGCGGGAGCAGCGGUGCGGCGCCCCGGCGGCAGGCGGGUACAAAUAUAUACAAAGCUUCAGCCCCAAACCACAUAGAGCAAACAUGAAUGACGUUUCACAAAAGGCAGAGAUUCUGCUUUCUUCAUCUAAACCUGUCCCCAAAUCCUAUGUGCCAAAGCUGGGCAAGGGUGAUGUAAAGGAUAAGUUUGAAGCCAUGCAGAAGGCCAGGGAAGAGAGAAAUCAGAGGCGGUCUAGAGACGAAAAGCAAAGAAGAAAAGAACAAUAUAUUAGAGAGAGAGAAUGGAACAGGAGAAAGCAGGAGAUUAAAGAAAUGCUUGCUUCUGAUGAUGAGGAAGAGAUUUCUGCUAAAAUAGAAAAGGCUUAUGUCCCAAAGCUAACAGGGACAGUUAAAGGUAAAUUUGAUGAAAUGGAGAAACACAGACAGGAAGAACAAAGGAAGAGAAUGGAAGAGGAAAGAAAACGCAGACUUGAGCAGGAUCUGUUGGAAAAGAGGAAAAUACAGCGUGAAUUAGCAAAAAGAGCUGAGCAGAUUGAGGACAUAAACAAUACGGGAACCGAAUCUGCAUCAGAGGAAGGUGAUGACUCACUGCUUAUAACAGUGGUGCCUGCAAAAUCAUACAAAAAAUCUGGAAAAAUAAAGAAUCCUGAGGACCUGGAGAAAGAACAAGGGAAUGAGAGGCUUAAUUAUGAAGAAGAUAAAAGAAGAUAUGAAGAAGAGUGCCGAUCUCUCAAGGAAGCAAAGUGUCUUUCAUUAGUCAUGGAUGAUGAAACUGAGGCCAACAAAGAACCACAUUUUCCUGGAAAAUUGAAAUUAACUUUUGAAGAACUGGAGCGACAAAGACAAGAAAAUCGCAAGAAGCAAGCUGAAGAAGAAGCGAGAAGGCGCUUAGAAGAAGAGAGGCGUGCCUUUGAGGAAGCCAGGAGGCACAUGGUAAAUGAGGAGGAUGAAAAUCAAGAUACAGAACAAGUUUUUAAAGAAUAUCGCCCUGGAAAACUCAAACUGAGUUUUGAAGAAAUAGAAAGGCAAAGGAGAGAGGAUGAAAAAAGGAAAGCAGAGGAGGAGGCCCGAAGGAGAAUCGAGGAAGAGAAGGCGGCAUUUGCUGAAGCAAGGAGAAGCAUGGUAUUAGAUGAUGAUUCUCCAGAGAUAUAUAAAACAGUUUCUCAAGAAUCUUUGAUGCCCGGAAAACUGGAGAUUAAUUUUGAAGAAUUAUUAAAACAAAAAAUGGAAGAAGAAAGACGACGAACAGAGGAGGAACGGAGGCAUAAACUAGAAAUGGAGAAACAGGGAUUUGAGCAACUGAGACAAGAAAUGGGAGAGGAAGAAGAAGAAAAUGAAAGUUUUGGAUUGAGUAGAGAAUACGAAGAAUUAAUCAAAUUAAAAAGAAGUGGUUCUAUUCAAGCUAAAAGUUUAAAAAGCAAGUUUGAAAAAAUUGGACAGUUGUCUGAAAAAGAAAUACAGAAGAAGAUAGAAGAAGAACGAGCAAAGAGAAGAGCAAUUGACCUUGAAAUUAAAGAGCGAGAAGCAGAAAACUUCCACGAGGAAGAUGAUGUUGAUGUAAAGCCUGCAAAAAAAAGUGAAUCUCCCUUUACUCAUAAAGUGAACAUGAAAGCCAGAUUUGAACAAAUGGCUAAGGCAAGAAAAGAAGAAGAACAACGGAGAAUAGAAGAACAGAAGCUACUACGAAUGCAGUUUGAACAGAAAGAAAUUGAUGCAGCACUGCAGAAGAAAAGAGAAGAUGAGGAAGAAGAAGAAGGUAGCAUCAUUAAUGGCUCCACUACUGAAGAUGAAGAGCAAACGAGAUCAGGAGCUCCAUGGUUCAAAAAGCCUCUAAGAAAUACCUCAGUUGUAGACAGUGAGCCAGUUAGAUUCACUGUUAAAGUAACAGGAGAACCCAAACCAGAAAUCACAUGGUGGUUUGAAGGAGAAAUGCUGCAGGACGGAGAAGAUUAUCAGUACAUUGAAAGAGGCGAAACUUACUGCCUCUAUUUACCAGAAACUUUCCCAGAAGAUGGAGGAGAAUAUAUGUGUAAAGCAGUCAACAAUAAAGGCUCUGCAGCAAGUACCUGCAUUCUUACCAUUGAAAGUAAGAAUUAAUUGGCUUUUGACCCUUUCUUUUGUUAAGGAAAUAAAUAGCAAAGAAAAAUAUCAUUCUUCUUCUUUUUUUUUAGUGGAUGACUACUAGGCUUCCUUCUCUUCUUGGAACUCACUCUCUCAACUCUCUUGCUACAUCUCUGUGGAGGGGCCAUGAGGAGACCAGAGGUGCCACUCUGUUGACUUAAUACCCUUCCCCAAAUCUUCAAAAUAGGAGCUCAUCCAAAGACUGCCUUUUCUAAUGCACACCAGGUUACCAUGUUGUGCCCAGUCAAAAUGUAGUUGCCAGGGAAGGAAAAUGUACUUAUUCUGUGAGAACCUAAAACAAAAGCUUUGUAUUUUCCAUAUUUAUAGCAAUUAUGCUUGAAGUAUACAUUGUAUGCAUGAAAGAAUUUAAGAGUUUUUACAUCGAAAAUUAGCCAGAGAGGACAAUGAAAUUGGAACUGAUCAGUCUUCCUCUGUAGCAUGUAAUUGUUGUGGAUUCCAAGUCUUUAUGAAGCAGAUAUACUUACAAAAGGAGUAUCAUUCUUUUCAUGACAAAGGUGGAGCAUUGAAAAGAAAAAAACCGGCGGUGGUGGCGCACGCCUUUAAUCCCAGCACUCG